AUGAAGUUAAAGUUUGAUGAGUUUGCCGGGCACAAUGUCGGAAAAUGUUUGUACGAACCUGCUUUGGGCUCAGGCCGAAGGCUCAACGUGAAAGCGAGGUUCACCAGAUCCUUUUUAGCUCAACGUCUUGGUCUCCGUGUCUGUUACAGGGUAAGACAUCACAAUCUCCAUAUCUGCCUUCUUAUCAUGCUUAUUUUUCUAGCAACUUGUCUUGUAAGCGACCGGUUUGAAUUGCGUGAUCUUUGUCAUCUGCAAGUGAGCUUAUCACAAGAGACCCCCUGUGGUUGUUUUCUCGUAAGCGACCUCUUGCCGUAAGCGCGGAGCACGAAGUCUUCGCUUUUUGGGUGAUCGCUUACGGGAGGUUCGACUGUGUUUAGAAGUUUUGGUCUGUUUUACCGUUUCUCUGUGUAAGUUCGUAGUUACCGCUUUCCCUUAUUGUCUGAAUUUCGACACUGUGUCUGCUGUUCAUGACCACAGUAUUUUGAAAGUGACGAUAAGCAGCUUUAUCGGACUAAAAUGAAGUACAUCGAGGAGACUGACCCGGAGAGCCUGGGACUGGUUUUCGCUGAAGAGGAGUACGAUAUGCUUCAGGGCGGAAAAACGUUCUGCGCAAGCCUCUGCGCAUCCCUUAUCGCAGGCUCAAGGCGGGCUUUUCUGUGUGUUGACUGUGUUUGUUUGUUGCUGGAGUUCUGAGUGAAAUGCACGAGGUGCGAACGUUUGCUCCCUGUAAAGCAUUUUUAUUUGAAAUGUUUGCUUUUUUUUCGUCGCUUGAAAAUUACUUUGGAUUCAGAACAACCGAUGUUAAAGGAAAAACGGAUCAUUCCGUCAGUCUGAGGUGGAAUAAAAGGUUUUAAACAUUUCUUAAGAGGCGAGUAUUUUUCUGAUUGAGUAUCCGUUUAUGAAUUGAUUUCGCCGGGUUGAAUUCAUACCCGCUUGUAUUCUGUUAUUUGUAGUUACGGUUACUUUUUUUACAUGCCCAGAUUUAUUACCUUUGCAGAACCAGCUUUAUUUUUGUCUUCAGUCAAAGAACCAUAUUGCUGUUUUAACGCAUCAGAGUGAACAAACUUGUGCGCUUAUUAAACUUUCUCGGAAAUAGAAGGCCAGCAAACUUACUCAAGAUCAUUUUUCUGUUGCUCAAGUAAUAAUAGUCAGAGUUUUUUUCAUUUUUCAUUGCAUAGUUUUGUUUUCCAGUGCACUGUGAAAGUUUCUGUUCUUUAUAAGAAUAACUUUUUGUACGCAAAUUGUCCUUUUCACUCGCUGUGAAGUAGAGAACAACAACUGCCGGCAGUGACUUCAAAACAAUUGACUCUUUUCCCGUAAACAAUUGCUGCAGCUUGAUUUGACUGAGGAGAGCAAAACAAACCCUUAUGUGCAAUUUUCUGUAUUUUCUAAUGAUCGGCUGAGUUUAAUUUGCUUAAACGAAGACCCUCGCAUGGACCAGUUAAGCUUAUUGAAAAUAGCUACAUGGUGAAUCAUGGCUUGGCUGCCAAGUUGCAACUGAUCUUUUGCUUUUAAGAUCUUUAGGUAGGUUGUUUUCGCACAGAAAAUUCAUUUCUUCAUUGUCAGCAGGAAGUUUUUAAAAUAAUGUAACUUUAACUUUGUUUGAAGGAAAUCCUACUCAAGCGUAGGUUUUUGACAGAUGUUUAAUGCGAGUUCAACUUGACAACACAAAGCAAAAUUUAUAUAUCUGCGCGAAACGGGCAAGUUUAAAAACCUAUAGUUGCUUUGAAACCGAUUUUUGGGAAGAUUUUACUAGAUAAAGAUUGACCUUUUUUCUGCCCACAUAUCAACGCAAUAACUUCUACAUUGAAGAUUUUGUUUAUAUUUUAGUGAUCUGCGAAACUACGAGGUCCGAUCGAGCGAGGGUUUUAAAAUAUCAGCUCGAGUGCGACAAAGUUCAGUGACUUCAAACACAUUGUGGGCAAGCGUUAUUUUUUUUGGGCAAAUCACUGUCCAAAGAUAUGUUGUUUUUGUGUCCACAGUGGAGCUCCGGACCUUAUAUAUCCAGGAACCUCCUUAUAUGAACACAUUUUGUCAAUGCAUCUCGAAAAAAAUCGGACCUACGCAUGCACAUUUCCAGUACAGCGCAAGGAAAUAAAUGUCGUUAAAGUCCGUUUUACUAUGAGGUAUUCUUCGAGAAAAUUAAGUAACGACAAGGUUAUAACCACAACUUGCAACUUUUGAAGACAAAUUGCCUGUUCUUUCCAGAUUAUGAGUGGAAACAUUUUAUUUUUAGGCAAUAAAAUAUUUGAAAUCCCGCCAUUUUUUCAAACCCGGCCAGGGGAUCUGGGCAAAAAAGUUCACGCAUGCUCAUUACGUUUUUCCGCCCUGAAACGAUAUGCAGGGGCGCUUAGAGAAGGUAAGAUAACGCUCCAUCCCAGAGUCUCUCGAGUAAGGAAACAGCGUUUACAGAAUUUUGAUAACCUCUGCAGCAAGUUGUGUUUUCCUCAGCUGAAAAGCUUCGUUCGCGCGGUUUCACUUCUUAUGCUUGCUUUGUAGCCCAAAGUUUACGUUCCGUAAAACUUUUAAUGAUUGUAUUUUCUUAAAACAGCAAUUUGACGCCUUCAAAUCUCUUUCUGCUGAUUAUACACCUUAUUCCAAGAUGGUGGCAAUAUUUCUGUUCUUUUAUAUUUAUGUUAGUUAGCUCUCUCUGUCUCAAUUGCAUCUACAGAAUUCCCAACAACUUUUACUUGUCUAUACCUUAAAACGAGGCACAGAAGACCAAAUAUCAGCCAGACAAAAGAAUAACUAAAUUUUACACCAUCACUGGCUGUCUUAUACGCCACGAAUUUGGUCUCGGAAGUUAUGACACUCUUGUCUAUUUUUCCGCCACCCAAAUGCAAACUUUGCAGGCGAAGAAAAGGGAUUGUAUGGUUUCUAAUCGGUCGAACUCUUAUAAAACGAAGACCGCGGCAGAACGAACUAUUUUACGCCCAAGUUAUAGUAAAAUGCAUGAAAAGGAACCGGUAUAAGUUUUCCCCGUUAUACUGAACAUCCCAGUCCCCUUGUAAUUUUUUCCAUUGGGUUUCCACGUAAUUUGCACUUAGAAAAUCAUCAAUUCUCUUUUAAAGACAAUUUCCAUUUGAGGUAAGCAACAACUAUAACCCUGUCUGGUUCUUGCAGAUGGUUGA